AGUCAUAUGACUCCCACCUAGCUGUACACACUUGUAUACAAAGGCACAGACACCGGCAGGGCUCCCAGCCCCAUUCCCUACUGCUCCUCCCCCUCCCUCUCCCCCCUCCCUCCUCCCCCCCACCCCCCAGCAAUUGACCAUGGCCUCAGAAGCAGAAAGAACAUUCCAUCGAUUCGCUGUCUUUGGAGAAUCAUCCAGCAGCGGCAAGGAAAUUACCAACAAGAACUUCUCCAAACUCUGUAAAGACUGUGAUAUCAUGGAUGGCAAGGCAGUGACCUCCACAGAUGUGGACAUUGUGUUCAGCAAAGUGAAGGCCAAGAAUGCCAGAACCAUCAACUUUCAACAGUUUAAAGAGGCAAUGAAGGAGCUGGGCCAAAAGCGCUUCAAGGGGAAGAACCCAGAUGAGGCUUUGGAAGAUGUUUUUAAACUCAUGGAAGGCAAAGAUCCUGCCACCACUGGUGUCACUAAAUCGACGACGGUGGGUGGAGUAGACCGGUUGACAGACACCAGUAAGUACACCGGAACUCACAAGGAGCGCUUUGAUGAGAGUGGUAAGGGAAAAGGUAUUGAAGGUCGGGAAGAGACCACUGACAACUCAGGCUACGUGAGUGGCUACAAGGGGGCUGGCACCUAUGACAAGAAAAACCAGUAGAGAGGAGCCAUCUUUGCCUGCUAGUUUCCUGACCCCAUGUUUUUAACACCAUGAAAUCUAGGAAAUAAUAAACGAUGUGUGUGCAGCA